UGCGCUGCGGCCGCUUCCUUCUCCGCCCCUUCCCCGAGCGUCCGCCGUUGCCGGGUAACGUGCCCCAGCGGGCGACCGAGGCUGCGGCCGCGGGCAGAUGAAUUACCAACACUGAAGAUUAUAAACUUCCCCAGCAAUUGCUCUCCCCGAGGAAGGAUCAGAUGUUCCAAUUGUAACAGAACUAUUUCCACCUUCACUGCACUUGAGACCUCUUUCUCUCCUUCUUCUCUGUAUGAAACUUCAGUCUAUGACUUCUCUGACCGAAAUUCUGAAGUCAGUUCAGAAAGAACUCAUUUCCCAGGACUGAACUCUGUGGUAGAGUCACACACGAUCCCACAGACAGAGAUGAGCUUCACCUACUUGAAUAGAGUUGGAAAUCUCCAAGUGGUGGAUCUCAGUGAGGUUGCUGCUUCCAAGCAGGACUACCGUCCAGACAGUGGAAAUUUGAUUGUUAAAUGGGUCCCAAAUAUACACAGAAAAUCUCAGCGGCCUGAGGUGGAAGCAGUAACAGAACUGAAGCCUUUAAGAAGAGUAUGUGUUAAAAACCUUGCCUCUGAAAAUCUCUUUUCCCUCAAAGAACGGCAAAGGAAAGGAAGAGAUCUUGACAUUAAGAGAAAGAAGUCCAAGAAGGUCCCUUCAGGAGGCCAACCCUAUCAGCUACUUACAAACAGAAGCCAGAAAAUGAACUUGGUGACCAAAAAAAUAAAAUCAGUCACAAGCCACAGAGGUGACAGUUCUGCAGCCAAAGAAGGGAAGCCAAAGGAUAGUCAGAUAAAAAAUAGGUAUUCUUCCCCCAGACACCCGCAGACUGCUACAAUAGUGGAGCUGCAAGAUCAGGGUGCCCUGCAGCUGGGGAACCGGAGAGUGGAUGUGCCUGAUGCUACAGAGAAGCACACACAUCCUUUGCUUGUGCAGAAGAUUCCAGUCAUGAAUUUGAAAGAACAAGGCCUGGAAAGAAUCAGCAACAGACCUUAUCUGAAGAAACCAUUUGAAGGCUCCUUAGGUAUGAAGAGCCAUGAGACCAAACUAGAACAGCAACCUGGCUAUGCUGAAGCAGGGCCAAUUGUACUCACCACCCAGUCUCUGGAGUCCUGCAUGCUAGAUGGCACAGAGGAAGCCUCUGCAAACAAAAAACAACUGUCACAAAAACCAUCUGCAGAGCGGGAAUCCCAGCAGCGGGAAGAGCCCAGGCAGCAACACGUGGGACUUGGGAAAAGAAGGUCUUCAGGGAUGUAUGUGCUGUACAAGAGCAGCACGGCAAGCCUGGCCCUUGAGGGUGUUGGAGAAAAUGGGUACGUGCUGUCAAGGCCAGAAACACAGUAUGAAAUGUACUGCAAGCGUCUAGCAAGCAGGAAGGAAGCGGCACAGACACUGGGCUAUCUUCAGGGAGGGAGCAGCCAGCGGCAGCCAAGCCUGGCUGCUCUGACACCAGACAAUGAUAAACAUGAAGCUGACUCUUACCCUAACCCUCCUCCCCCUUCCCCUUCUCCUUUCCCAUUGAGGGACAAUGACAAGCCUUCCCCAGAUGUAGAAUCCCCUCUCUUCAGAGAGGACAGCGCUCUAAGGGCGUCCAGCGAACAAGGCCACCCUCUUGAUUAACCCUUCGUUAGACAAAUGCAGUGGGAACCUGACCCUAUAAUCAGUAGCGAUUGUAAAUGAAUGUGCAGGUUAAGGCACAGUACGAUUGAUGCCAGGCGCUCUCCGUGGGUGCCUGCUCUUGCCAUCGACAGCUGCGUCAAGAGACCAAGAAGGAGGGUGAGUGAGGUAACCCACCUGCUCCAGGGACCUUUGAAUGUACAGGACAGUUUGAGUGCUCUGUGCUUUGUAAUUAAAACCACAGCUUUCCAUC